CUGAUUGCAGGGACAUCUGAUGGCAGCGUAAAAAAACCAGUUGCACACUGCAGCAACAUUUUCAGAAAAAAAAUGGACAGCGAAGAUAUCGACAUUUAUGAAGACUUGCCCAGUUUUAAUGAUGAAACAGAUUUUCCAAGUAAUGAAGAUAUUUUUGAAAAAUGUGAAAAAUUGACAAAGGAAGUUAGCGAACUUAAAUUACAAUUAGAAAACUCCCAAAAGGCUAAGGAAACUUUGGAGGUUAACUUAUCUUCUCUGCUUAAAACAGCAAAGGCUGAAAUUUCACGUAAGGAUAGAAUGAUAGCCGAACUUAGGAAACAGGUUGACGAUAUGACUUUAAGAAGGGGUCAUUUUAAUAAAAAUGUAAAGGAUGGUAACAAAUCAGUGCAGCAGUUAUCUGAAAAAAAUAUACACGAUCAUAAUGCAAAAACGUACGCUGAAAAUGAUAGGACGAAGUUACCUAAUUUAAAUUCAAAUAACGAUAAAUAUGAUACAGUUGCAAGUAAUUCUUACGAAACAAAUUUUCAACAAUUUGCAAUUGUUAAUGUUAAUCAAUUGAAUGAGGAUCAAGCAGAAGAUUACGAUUAUUUAAAUAAUCAAUUUUGUAAUAGAAGGUAUUCUUCUAAAAAGUUACCAGUACCUCAUACUGCUACUACUACAGUUUACACAGAACGUUUCCGUAAAAAGAUAAUGGAAGAAGACGAAGUGGAAAAGAAACUAAAGUUAUUAUUACAAGAAAAGAAUGAACAACCUACAAAUAUUAAUAACGAUGACAAAGAAAAUCAUUCAUACCCUGGUAUACUGAAUUCAAAUGUGGAUGAUGCAAUUUCAGAAAAUAAAGAAAUUAUAUGUAAUCUAACAGAUAAUACUAAUAUUACAGAAAGUAAUACUGUUUGUUCGACAAAUCAACAAAAGUCAGCUUCAAGUAUUAAAGAUUCUAAGAAAAGGUCGAGCAAUGUUGAUACUCCUUCUAGCAAACGUCAAAAAUUAGAUGUUGAACCAAAUAUGUGUACAAAUAAAACUACUAUUUCUGAUGAAAAUGUAUUUUUAGGAUUUAAUCACGAAAUGACGAGUACAAAAAACAAAUUAAAUAAUGAAGAAAAUAAUAAUCCUCAUACAGAAAGAAAUAUUAGUAAUAAUAACAAAUAUGAUAAAGAUUCCAGAUCACACAACACAUAUUAUAAAAAAGAAAAUGUACAAGAAUUUUGUAAUGAUCAUAACAAAUAUUUCAAAGAUAGUAUCGAACAUGGUCAUGAAAAAGAUACAUAUAAUUAUAAACGAAAUAAAUCGCCUGUUUUAAAACACUCUAACAGAAAACAUAAACAUCAUGAUGAUCGAUAUAACAAGGAUCACAAAGAUAAAAACAGAGAUAAAGAUAAAACUAGAUCUAAUGAAAAAUAUGGCACUACGGAUUGUCAUUCGUCGAAAAGUAAAGGAAACAAAUCUUCCAAUUUACAUGACACUAAAUCUGUAUUACAUGAAAGAAGUAAAAGUAAAACUAAGGAAUCGACGAAUUAUAAAACUGAUGAUAAAAAAUAUUCCAAACAUACGAAACAUAAUAGAAACUCGGAAGAUCGUGAAAGUACUCCUUGCGAAAGGAAAGGUAAAAUAGACGAAUUACAAACUAUAAAUGUUGUGAAAAAAACAAAUGAUUUGUUAAAUGAAUCAAUUAAAGCAGAUAGUAAUGAUUCUUUGGAAGAAGGUGAAAUUGUAUCUCCUAGUAAAUCUAAUCUCAAUAACAAAACAGAUGAUACAAAAUUGAUCUCGGAGAAAAAUGUUAAUGUAGAAAUUCGUAAAGAUUCUUCUAAGAUUACUUUCGAUCAAUUCGAAGAUAAGUUAAAGCCUGCUAACAAAGUGGACACGCGUACGUGUUUGACAAAGAAAGAUAGAGAACAUUUAGGAGAUAAUAAAAAUAUUCAUCAAAUUGAAAAAGCUAAAGUUGCAACAACUGUUAAUACUUGUUCAGAAAACACGAGUAUUCCAUUGGUUGAUAACAAACAGGACACUACAGUAACAUUAACAAACAAUGUACAGAACGAUGUUAAGAAUGUUACUGUCAAAGAAAACAAAUCUAAGGUUGAUAAAAUUGUUCAAUUACAGAAAAAUGCUAAAGGAUCUGAUAGUACACGCAGUAAUAUUGAAAACUUGUCUGAAGAUAUUUUAAAAAGUAAUACAAAGAAUUCUUCGGAAAUUAGUCAAGAAAAUAAUAUUGUUUUUAAAAAUAAUGAUAAAAAAGAAGAUAAACGUGUUCCUAAUAUUUCCAAAGUAGGUUUAAAUAAGGAUAAUGUUUCCUCUAUUGACAAAUUCGAAAAAGAAGAUAAUAAUCAUCAACAGGAAUCAUUACAAAAAGCUCAUGAAGAAACUGUAGCAAUAGAUCUUCAAGAAAAUAAAAAAGAUAAUGAGAAUAUGCAUGUCAAGGCUAAAGCAACUAAAAGUAGUAAAAAAGAAAUGAAAUCUGAUGAUUCUGAAGUAAUUAUCUUUGCUCGACGCAGGAAACAUAUUAAUUUGACUGAUAAUAAUGCAUCUAUGACUGUUGUCAUAAAUCCUAAAAAUACCAAUUCAGAUGUUAUUGUAAAAGAUAUCGUAGAAAAUAAUUUGAAACAAAGAGCAUGCAAAGUAUUUCGUUCUUACAAAGAUCUUUGUAAGGAUGACAUAUAAUAAAAACCUAGAUAAUUUGUUUUUAAAUAGGAGUAUAUACUUUUUUUUUUUUAUUUCAAUUAAUUAUUAUCUUUCAUUCUAUAACAUAAAAAGACGAGAAAAAAAAAAGAAAAUAUUCACGAAUCUAUUGCCUGCAGAUAUGACGUUUAUUUCUUCGCCAAUGACGUUAUAUCAUCUUUGUAAUAUAUUGACAUAAUAUAAUAAUUAAAAAAUAUAGUCCAUUUCCUAAAGUUGCAAUUAUUAAUGUAGGUCAAAUGUAAAAAUUUAUGAUCGUUGUGUGUGACCGUAACUCGAUAUAAUAAGAUCAAUGGCUACGAUUCCACUGCAAUUGAAUAAUUCAAAUGUUAUUACAAAAUACAAAGGGCAAAUACUAUUUAUACAUGCAUGUAUAUCAUCUAACGCACGCGAAGGAGGUAAUUUGUUUCUUUUACUUGUUAAAUAGUUGCACAAUUUGAAUAUUUCUUUCUUACGAACUUGUGUAUAAAUUCACUUUUACAAAUUCUAC